AUGAGUGACGAACGGCUGCAUGAGGAGGAGGUGGAGGAGGAUCAGGAGCUGGAGGAGCAUGAUGAAGAGCAGCAGCAGGAGGUUAAGUUAGAGGAGGAGGAGCAGCAGCAACGGGAGGAGGGAGAGGAGCAGCAGCAGCAGCAGGAGGAGGAAGAGGUUAAGUUAGAGGAGGAGGAUAAGAGAGUGGAGAAGGAGGAGGAGGAGGAGCAGCAGCAGCAACAGGAGGAGGAUAAGGGAGAGGAGGAAAAGCAGCAUCAACAGGAGGAGGAUAAGGGAGAGGAGAAGAAGCAGCAACAGGAGGAGCAGCAGCAGCAGCAACAACAGGAGAAGGAUAAGGGAGAGGAGGAGGAAAAGCAGCUGCAACAGGGGGAGGGAGAGGAGGAGGAGCAGCAGCAGGAGGAUAAGGGAGAGGAGGAGGAGGAGCAGCACCAGCAGCAGCAGCAGCAGCAGCAGGAGGAAGAGGUUGAGUUAGAGGAGGUGCAGCAGCAACAGGAGGAGGGUAAGGAAGAGGAGAAGGAGGAGCAGAAGGAGGAGGAGGAGCAGCAGCAGCAGGAGGUUAAGUUAGAGGAGGAGGAGGAGCAGCAGCAGCAGGAUAAGGGAGUGGAGGAGGAGGAGGAGCAGCAGCAACAGCAACAACAGGAGAAGAAGGAGGAUAAGGGAGAGGAGGAAAAGCAGCAGCAACAGGAUAAGGGAGAGGAGCAGCAGCAGCAGGAGGAGGAAGAGGUUAAGUUAGAGGAGGAGGAUAAGAGAGAGGAGAAGGAGGAGCAGGAGGAGGAGCAGCAGCAGCAGCAACAGGAGGAUAAGGGAGAGGAGGAAAAGCAGCAUCAACACGAGGAGGAUAAGGGAGAGGAGAAGAAGCAGCAACAGGAGAAGCAGCAGCAGCAGCAGCAACAGAAGGAGAAGGAUAAGGGAGAGGAGGAGGAAAAGCAGCUGCAACAGGGGGAGGGAGAGGAAGAGGAGCAGCAGCAGCAGGAUAAGGGAGAGGAGAAGGAGCAGCAUCAGCAGCAGCAGCAGGAGGAAGAGGUUGAGUUAGAGGUGCAGCAGCAACAGGAGGAGGAUAAGGGAGAGGAGAAGGAGGAGCAGAAGGAGGAGGAGGAGCAGCGGCAGGAGGAGGAAGAGCAACAAGAGGAGGAGGAGGCGGCGGAAGAGAAGGAGGAUGAUGGCAUGAACGGCUCAUCUGCCAAAGAGGCCUCUGAACAGAGAUCGCUGGGGGAGCUACAGGUGAAAAAGGAAGUCAAGCAAGGUCAAACCGAGGAGGAGGAAGUGCUGGAAGGGGAGACGGAAUUAGAAGAGGAAAGGCCCAAGGGGGAGAAUCACAGUGAAGAUAAGAAGCAAAGAGGCGUAGAGCUAAAGGAGGAAAAGAAUCAGCUACUGGGUAAGCAGGAGGAGCACGAUGAACAGGUGCUGGAUGAGGUAUCGGAUGAGCAAAAAUUACUGAAGGGAGCCGAGCAGGAGGAACCGGUUGAGAUGGGCGGCCUUGAGGAGACGGAAUAUAAAGAUGAACAGCUUGAAGAGGGGAAAUUGGAGAAAUUCAAAGAAGAAACAGGAAACCAGGAACAGCAGUUGGCACUUGGUGAUCUGUGUGAAGGGGAGGGGGAGCAAGGAAAGCUAAAGAAGGCAGACGAAGAGGACGGGAAUAGGGAAGAAGACUUGGCCGAGGAACAGUAUACAAGGAGGAAAAAAUGGUGGUAUAAAUUAUUAUGCUGUUUCUGA